AUGGCGAAGAAUGUCUUUUUGUCUAUUCUCAUCUUACCUAUUUUCUUUCUUAAUGUUGCAGUGUGCAAAGAUCCACCUUACAAAGUAGAAGAAUCUGGGUAUGCUGGUUUCAUUUUGCCAAUUGAGGUUUAUUUUAAAAACAAGGAAGAACCUAGGAAAGUCCGCUUUGAUUAUGACUUAUUCCUGCAUCUUGAAGGCCAUCCACCAGUGAAUCACCUCCGCUGUGAAAAGCUAACUUUCAACAACCCCACAGAGGACUUUAGGAGAAAGUUGCUGAAGGCAGGAGGGGACCCUAAUAGGAGUAUUCAUACCAGCAGCAGCAGCAGCAGCAGCAGCAGUAGCAGCAGCAGCAGCAGCAGCAGCAGCAGUAGCAGCAGCAGCAGUAGCAGCAGCAGCAGCAGCAGCAGCAGCAGCAGUAGCAGCAGCAGCAGCAGUAGUAGUACCAGUUUUUCAAAGCCUCACAAAUUAAUGAAGGAGCACAAGGAAAAACCUUCUAAAGACUCCAGAGAACAUAAAAGUGCCUUCAAAGAACCUUCCAGGGAUCACAACAAAUCUUCCAAAGAAUCCUCUAAGAAACCCAAAGAAAAUAAACCACUGAAAGAAGAGAAAAUAGUUCCUAAGAUGGCCUUCAAGGAACCUAAACCCAUGUCAAAAGAGCCAAAACCAGACAGUAAUUUACUCACCAUCACCAGUGGACAAGAUAAGAAGGCUCCUAGUAAAAGGCCACCCAUUUCAGAUUCUGAAGAACUCUCAGCCAAAAAAAGGAAAAAGAGUAGCUCAGAGGCUUUAUUUAAAAGUUUUUCUAGCGCACCACCACUGAUACUCACUUGUUCUGCUGACAAAAAACAGAUAAAAGAUAAAUCUCAUGCCAAGAUGGGAAAGGUCAAAAUUGAAAGUGAGACAUCAGAGAAGAAGAAAUCAACAUUACCGCCAUUUGAUGAUAUUGUGGAUCCCAAUGAUUCAGAUGUGGAGGAGAAUAUAUCCUCUAAAUCUGAUUCUGAACAACCCAGUCCUGCCAGCUCCAGCUCCAGCUCCAGCUCCAGCUUCACACCAUCCCAGACCAGGCAACAAGGUCCUUUGAGGUCUAUAAUGAAAGAUCUGCAUUCCGAUGACAAUGAGGAGGAAUCAGAUGAAGUGGAGGAUAACGACAAUGACUCUGAAAUGGAGAGACCUGUAAAUAGAGGAGGCAGCCGAAGUCGCAGAGUUAGCUUAAGUGAUGGCAGCGAUAGUGAAAGCAGUUCUGCUUCUUCACCUCUACAUCAUGAACCUCCGCCACCCUUAUUAAAAACCAACAACAACCAGAUUCUUGAAGUCAAAAGUCCAAUAAAGCAAAGCAAAUCAGAUAAGCAAAUAAAGAAUGGUGAAUGUGACAAGGCAUACCUAGAUGAACUGGUAGAGCUUCACAGAAGGUUAAUGACGCUGAGGGAAAGACACAUUCUGCAGCAGAUCGUGAACCUUAUAGAAGAAACUGGACACUUUCAUAUCACAAACACAACAUUUGAUUUUGAUCUUUGCUCGCUGGACAAAACCACAGUCCGUAAACUACAGAGUUACCUGGAAACAUCUGGAACAUCCUGAGGAUAUAACAACUGGAUGCAUCAAAAACUAUUGUGUUUUUUUUUUCUUUGGUUGUGAUUUUUUGUUGUUGUUGUUUAUAUGAAAACACUCAGAAUGAUGCAACCAAAAGGGAAAAAAUAAAAAUCAAACAACCUUCAGCUUUAUUUUUCUUUAAAGCCAGUCAUCAUCUCUUGAUAAAGGAGAGGUUAAAGCAAACCAGCCUCAGCGGACCACUCUUCUCUCCAAGGAAAUCCCCGGGAAGAGUUAGCCUGGAUAGCCUUGAAAACAAACAAAUCUAACACAACACAAGAAAACUCAAAGAAUGUGUAUGGUAUCAUGUAUCUCUCUGUGGUGGUUCAUUCCACAGGACGAAUGCAUAUUCAACACACUGCCUUAUUACAUAACUGAUCUAUUUAUUAUCGCAUACAGAUAUUCUAAGUCAUUGAGGGAAUGACACCAUCAGACAUUAUAAGUACUUGGUCCCGUGGAUGCUCUUUCAAUGCAGCGCCCUUGCCAUCCCAAGCCCAGUGACCUUACUUGUAUACCGUGCCACUUUCCACCAACUUUUUCCAAGUCCUUUAACUCGUUGCAGUCUGUAUUUUCCACCUUUUGUUUUUCCAGUUCCAGGACACAGAUUAUCAACUGGGGGGACCAAAUAGCCACCUUGAUUUUCUUCUUUGUGGUCUUUUUCCUGAAAAUUGGGGCCCAGUCCUUGGCUGUAUCCAUGUAAUGAUCUUGGACCAUGGUAGAAAAUGCACCAAAUAGGAUCAUAUGAAUUGCUGUCUAGCCUUAGUCAAUAAACUUGUAGGACUUUUAAACAAAAGUGUACCUGUAAAUGUCCUGAAUCCAGCAUUGUUGAGCUGUCAUCAACAUUCUUGUGUCUGUUUUACUGUUAUAAUACUAGGUAAAUAUGGAAGUAAAGGCAUUCCACAGGAUCAUCAUUUUAAAAGAAAAGGAAUUCUGGUCCUGUUUUCUAAAAGAAAAUGUUGUAGAAAUUCUUAAUUUGGAAAUUUGGAUCUAUUUAUUAGUAAGAGUUUCAGCUUUCUUCAGCUGCCAGUGUGUUACUCAUCUUUAUCCUAAAAACCUGGAAUCAGAGAUUUUUGUUUGUUCACAUAUGAUUCUCUUAGACACUUUUAUAUUUGAAAAAAUUAAAAUCUUUCUUUGGGGUAAAAUUCUUGGUUAUUCUGCCAUAACAGAUUAUGUAUUAACUUGUAGAUUCAGUGGUUCAAUACCUGUUUAGUCGCUUACUAAUAUUUCCAGAAGGAUUUCUUGUAUUGGUGAAAGAUGGUUGGGGAUGGGGGGAUAUUUUUGUUCUCAUUGUACCCUUGUUUUGAAACUAGAAAUCUGUCCUGUGGCAUGCAAAAGAAAGCAAAUUAUUUUUAAAAGAACAAAACCAAAGUA